AGGAGGGCAGCGAGGUGCCACCCGGGAGUGGUAGACUGAUGCUGGUCCUGGCAGGCUUGGCUUGGGAAGAUUAGUGUGGCGAACUGGAGAAUUUUCCAGGCCACCUGGGGUCCGGAUUCGUCUCAGCAGACUCCCGCAGUUGCCCCUGCUCUGUGUCCACCUCUGUGCUGGCUGUAGGAUCUCAGAUGAACCAGGCUCCGUUUCGUGGUGUUCUGGGAGCACUGACUCUGUCGGGGAGAUGGUGGAGGAGUCGCAGAAGUCUUGAUUUGAGCCUGAAAGCAAACCCCUAGCUGGAAACGUGAAUGUAACCUGUACAAAGUCUAAGAUUGUGACCAUGGCUGCUGAGUCUGAUGUGCUACACUUCCAGUUUGAACAGCAAGGAGAUGUAGUCUUGCAGAAAAUGAAUCUCUUGAGACAGCAGAAUUUGUUUUGUGAUGUGUCAAUUUAUAUUAACGACACUGAGUUCCAAGGGCACAAGGUGAUUUUAGCUGCUUGCUCCACUUUCAUGAGAGAUCAGUUUUUACUCACGCAGUCAAAACAUGUCAGAAUCUCCAUCUUGCAGAGUGCAGAAGUUGGCAGAAAAUUAUUGCUCUCUUGCUAUACUGGAGCACUUGAAGUCAAAAGGAAAGAGCUUUUGAAAUAUUUGACUGCUGCUAGUUACCUUCAGAUGGUUCACAUUGUGGAAAAGUGCACGGAAGCCUUGUCAAAGUAUCUGGAAAUUGAUCUUUCUUUGAAAAAUAACAAUCAAUAUGGUGACCUGUGUCAAUCCUCUGAUCCAGAUGUUAAGAAUGAAGAAGAAAAUUCAGAUAAAGACUGUGAGAUAAUUGAAAUUUCAGAAGAUAGUCCUGUAAACAUAGAUUUCCACGUCAAAGAAGAGGAAAGCAAUGCUUUACAGUCUACAGUGGAGAGCUUGACAUCAGAGAGAGAGGAAGUGAAAUCACCAGAGCUGUCUUCUGUAGACCUAGGUUUUAAAGACAAUGAAAUUCGUAUCCUCCAUGUGGAAUCUAUCAGUACUGGAGAUGUAGAAAAUGGGAAGUUUUCACAGCCUUGUACCUCUUCAAAAGCAGGCAUGUAUUUCUCCGAAACACAGCAUUCACUGAUCAAUUCUACGGUUGAGAGCAGGGUGACAGAAGUUCCUGGGAAUCAAGAUCAGGGCUUAUUUUGUGAGAAUCCUGAAGGAAGUCAUGGUCCAGUGAAUGAGAUUCAGAAUCUAGAGGAGGUUUAUUCACUGAGGCACCAGUGCCCCCGGUGCCCUCGAGUGUUUCUUCAUGUUGAAAACUAUCUGCGCCACCUUAAAAUACAUAAACUGUUCCUAUGCUUACAGUGUGGGAAAACAUUUACACAAAAGAAGAAUCUCAACCGGCACAUUCGAGGGCACAUGGGCAUACGGCCCUUUCAGUGCACUGUAUGCUUGAAGACAUUUACUGCUAAAAGCACACUUCAGGACCACCUGAACAUACACAGUGGGGAUCGGCCCUACAAAUGCCAUUGUUGUGACAUGGAUUUCAAGCACAAGUCUGCCCUCAAAAAGCACUUAACCUCUGUCCAUGGCAGAAGCAGUGCUGAAAAACUACCCAGGCAUGAUCUGGAAAGGCAAAAUCUGCUAUAAUUAGAAUCACACCUUGCUAUGUAAGCCUUCAACCGUUUAGGCAAGUCUUUCUAUUAGAAAUGCAGCAUCUGUAAUACUGCAUUUCCACCCCCAUCUUUGGGUCUUAGUUUUGGUCUCCCUACACAUGUACUACCAGUUCCAAAGUGUAGGAGACAGGAUAAAGUUGAUGGGAUGCUGUCUCAUUUCAUACAUGUAUAAGUCUGAGUGCUAUACCUAGAGAAAUAAUGUUCCUCUUAAAUAUUCUUAAUUCAUGACAGAGGAGCCAGCAGUAUUUCCAGAUUCUGAUUUUGAGCCUCUAGAUAAUUGAUAUAAAUGUGAAAUUCCAACCAAACAAUAACUUUAACAAAUUAGGAAAAUGGGGAGAGAAAAUAAAUUUUAAAUCAUACCAUCAUCCGUUAUUAGUCACUUAAAGAACAGAAUGGACUAGUGAAUUUUUUAAUCAACUGUAUUGGAUUCUAAACACCAAGAUAUCUAUGUUUUAAACUGUAAAGGAACACAGUUCAAAUUCACUUAGAAGUAGUAGAAUUUCCUUAUACAUAAGCUAAUAUUCCUUAUAAUAAUAUUUCUAUGAGUUGUUGGUAUACAUAUUUUAUUUCAUUUUUUUCUUUUCUUUUUUUCCUUCUUUUU